AUGUCUAAAGGCCCAUGGAACGACGAAGAGGAUAUUAAAUUAUCCCAACUUGUUGAAGAAAUUCUUAAACAGCAAGCACAAAUACAAUGGGUAGAAAUAGGAAAACAGAUGAACUCUCGAACAGCCAAGCAAUGUCGAGAAAGUGAAAAAGAAAAAGAUAUAGUCUGGGACUGUCAAAGAAAAGGAAUAACAUCGUAUGCGUUGAUAGCAAGGUCGAUUCCUGGAAGAACACCACUACAAAUUAAAAAUUAUAUUUAUCGAGAAAAAGCUAAAGAGACAGCAAGAAUUAAAGCUAAAAUGGCAGUACCAAAUAUUUGCAAUAUUUCAGCAGCUAAAAGAUUAAAGAAAAACAUAAGAGGGG